AUGGCACAAUGUGAUGCUAUUGAUGACCUUUGCGCGAUUCAGCUCCAAACAGUUGCACUAUAUGCUCGUGGAAAGGAGAUGCGAAGCUUAGAUUCACUCGAUUUUGCUCCUAGCGCUCCAAAUCACAAUUCACCAUUGAUGGAGCUUGAAAGUGCAGUCGAGAUUGGCACGGUUUUGGAUGUUGAAAAGCACAAACAGAUGGAGCAUAUGUAUCCUUAUUAUAAUUACAAAUUGUUUCAUGGUUAUCCUAUUCCGGGUGCGGCGAAAACUAAAGAACCGAAAAAUCCAGAAUUUUUGCAAUCAAGAGCUAUAUUGGCAGGAACAAUUGAAACGGUUGACAUCAUAAAUCAAUACAUUUUGGGAUUCAUACCAGGUGAAGAAAAGGAAUAUUUAAGUUCAGAUUCUGUAGACACUUUUGACGGUGAAGGAAAUGGAGCUUUUGAUGUUUUAACCCCGGAAUUUUUGAAUACACUUACAACUUCCGGUCUACCUAACCACAAGAUUAAAUUGAAGAUUGGGACCCCUAUUAUGUUGCUUCGAAACAUUGAUCAACCUGAAGGUCUCUGCAAUGGAACAAGGCUUAUAGUUACAAGAUUGGCAAACCACGUUAUCGAGGCAAAGAUUAUAUCUGGAAAGAAUAUUGGAGGGGUUAUCUAUAUUCCAAGAAUGGAUAUGACUCCAACACAAUCUCUGUGGCCAUUCAAAAUGACUAGAAGGCAAUUUCCCAUAACUACAUGUUAUGCUAUGACAAUUAACAAAUCUCAAGGUCAGUCAUUGGAUUAUGUUGGAUUGUAUUUGCCUAGAAGUGUAUUUGGUCAUGGUCAACUAUAUGUUGCAAUAUCAAGGGUCAAAAGCAAAAAAGGGCUUAAGAUAUUAAUCCAUGACAAGGAUAACCAUCCAUUGAAUUCUACAACAAACGUCAUGUUCAAAGAAGUUUUUGAAAACUUAUAG